AUGACACCAACAAUGAAGAAUCCAGAUAUUCCAGAAGCAACCGAAACUCCAAUCACAGCAGCAGGUUCCAGCCUGCUGUCAGAUGCGCUCGCAGAUGCCGACUGGCCACUACUGGUAGCGCUACUCGUUGUCGUGGAGGGAAGUUGCGAAGUAGGAACCGUCAACGGACUUCGGAAAGUCUCAGUAAUUACCGAUGUAUGCUCAGUACUAAAACUUGUCGGUUGUGAGAACGUGCUAGAGCUAGAGCCCGAACCAGUGUCGGAGGCCGAGCUGGAGCUGGAGGUAGAUGGCACCGUUGCUGUCGUCGUUGUUGCAGUCUUUUGCGUGGGGAUCGAUCCCGUUGGCAUGACUGUCGCGGUGAUCGUAGCAUGUGUCCGUGGCAAAGCUCCAAGUACCGAGUCGCAAAUGUCGUACAAGUCGGAGCUGAAGACAGUUUUCAUAGAACAUAAGGAUAGGCUGCAGCGAAAUGCCGCUUCCCCAAGUGUAUAG